GUAUGAUCAACUGUUACUGAUUUAUGCUCUCCAUAUUGGCCAUGGUGAAAGAUAAUUUUGUGCAGACAUUUCUGGAGUCCCGCCUGACCACUCUUCAUAACACCAGUGCUCCCUCCGUGACAAAUUACAAACUUAAGGUCAUCUCCUUCAUUGUUGCAGCAUUCCUCAUUUCCCUUCUACCCAUUCUCCACAUUGGUGUGUUUUAUGCUCAGAUCUGGGUUCCACAGAAAGGUUACAUUGAUAGAAGAACCUGUAGAAAUACCUGUUUUGAUACUAUCUUUAGAGGUUCAUAUGAAAACCCAGGAGAAACUACCUAUAAGCAUGUAUAUUUCAAUGCCACCUGGCAAACCUCUCGUAUUUGGAUAUUCACCGUGAUAUUUAUCCUGCUGGCGUAUGAAAGCAUUAAAUACCUCAUUCCCCUAGUGAGGCGGCGAGGUUUACGUGGCAGUAUGUUUGCCCUGUACCUGAUUAAUUUGUAUCCUCACUACUACUCCUGGUGGUCAUACUUCAGCUAUUACAAUGAAGACUUCUAUAACUAUUUCAAACAUCACUUCAUGUUCACUGUGACUGAAAUCAUUGCCACCUGUAUUGUGUUGAACCUUUGUGACAGAAGAAAUGAGGUCAAGUCCUGGAAGGUGCUAGCCAUUGUUAGCAUUAAUUUGAUGCACAUUUUAGUUAGUGGUGUAGAUCAGUUUGUCAGUCAUGUGAUUCAGGGGAAGGGCACCAGUUUUCAGAACGCCCGGGACAUAGGACUGAUGAUUCCAGAUUCUCUCCAUGUUAUCAUUCCACUGUGGCAGCUGAUGAAAUCAGCCAAGGAUAAAGAGGUCAGAAUUAAAGAUUUAUGCAGCAGAGAAGAAAUUAUCAUGUGUAUUGUUUUUAUUUCUUUGUUUACACUUCUUGGUAGAGUUAUGUAAAACCAAGUCUUUUGCUACAUCAGUAUCAAAAUUUCAGUUUGUCAUAGGCAAUAAAAGUAUCAAAUGUAGAAAAAUUAGCCAAGGUGUAUUUUUGAAUAUGGUAAAAUUUGACUACAUAAAUAGGAUUGUGAUGUGAUAAAAAACUAUAUUGUUUCUACAUUAUUCCUUGAAUUUUUAUAAACAAAAUAUCAUUAUCUAUAUAUUUUUUAAUCACAAAGCUAUGUGCCAUUACAUGUAUAUUAUGUAUAUUAUUGACUAGGUUGUUAUAAAUGGCACUGUACUCCUUUUUGUCAUAUAUUAAUAUAUGCCUAGAAUAUAAUAAGAGUGUAUAUUUUGAUUAUAAAUUUUUGCAAUUGAAAGUGCAAUGUUUUGAUGCAAGCUAUAAUUAUUAAUAUACUAAGUAUACUUUGUUACAUGUACAGUCCAUUGGCAAUUGCAUUCCGUAUUAAAUGUAUUUAUAAUCUAUAAAAUAAGAAUUGUUACUUCUUAUAUAUUAUACAAGAGUUAUUCUUCUUGGUAAGGUUUUUAUGCAGGUGGUUUUAAGAGUUGCUUAUUCAGAUUUUGUAUUCAAGAAAUAAAAUUUAUAUGUAGA